AGGGGCGGGGCGGGCGCGGGGGUGCCAAGAUGGCGGCGGAGCCGGUGGAGCUGCACAAGCUGAAGNUGGCAGAGCUGAAGCAGGAGUGCCUGGCGCGGGGGCUGGAGGCCAAAGGCAACAAGCAGGACCUGAUCCAUCGGCUCCAGGCCUACCUGGAGGAGCACGCCGAGGAGGAGCCCAACGAGGAGGACGUGCUGGGGGAGGAGAUCGAGGAGGAGGAGCCCAAGGCACCGGAGCCGCCCGGGAAGGUGGAGGAGGCGCCGCUGAAGUCGCCGGAUGUGAUCCAGGAGAAGAAAGUGGUGAAGAUCUCCUCGGACAUCUCCCAGAUGGAGCGGAUGCAGAAACGAGCCGAGCGCUUCAACGUCCCCGUCAGCCUGGAGAGCAAAAAGGCGGCGAGGGCGGCGCGCUUCGGCCUGGCCACAAUUCCCACAAAAGGGCUCGCGGCUGACUCCAAACCCACGCUGAACCUGGAGAAGCUGAAGGAAAGGGCCCAGAGGUUCGGCCUCAACGUCUCCUCCCUCUCCAGGAAGAGCGAGGAGGACGAGAAGCUGAAGAAGAGGAAGGAACGGUUCGGGAUCGUCACCGGGGCCGGAGCCGCCGACGACUCCGAGGCAAAGAAGCGGAAAAGGGCGGAAAGGUUCGGGAUCGUCUGAGCCGCUCCGGAGCCACCUCAGGUGGGCGUUGCCUGAACCCUUCCCCUGUUGAAGACUUGAGCUGCCAGGAUUUGCAAUUCCCGGCGGGAAUUUCGGGAAUUCGGGGCCAUUCCCGGAAUUCCGGGGCCGUUCCCAGCCUGAGAUAUUCUAUUUUUUUGGGAAUUUUCCUUUCCCACCCCUCGGGAACCUCGGAAGCUCCGGGAAUUUUCCGGGAUGCUCCUUCCCAUCCCGGAAAUCCUCGGGAUCCGGGCGCAUCCCUGGGGCUCCUCCCUCUUUUUUUUCCCGGUUUUUUCCCGGGUUUUUUAUUCCCAGUUUUUUCUAUUUUCCCGGUUUUUCCCUUGGAAGGGUCGGGCGCUGCCCCUCGUCCCUCAAUUCCCAAUAAAAAACUUCCCUUU